UAUAAAAAUUGGACUAUUUUGCAAGGUUCAGACGGGAAGAAAUUGGAUACAUUAAUCUGACCAAUGUAUUAAAAGAUGGCUAAUGCUCUAAACCGUCAGGCAUACGUGUCUAGUUUGAUCCUCAUUAUAUUUUUCCUGGAUGGAAUAUAUGCUGAGGAAGUUUGCGGUAAUGCAGAUUUGAAGACGGUUCUCCAGACAGGACUCAGCGAAUCAACUUACUGGCAGUCAAAGACACAGGAUAUUGUACAAUGUGCAAAACUUUGUAUACGACAGAAAAUGUGCAAUUCAAUCACAUACGACACUCUGAGUCGUCAGUGUGAGUUGAACUCUGGUACUAUGUCAAACACACCGACAAGGAGAGGAGCUUCUCUUGUGUAUUCGGAAUUCACCUGGUGGCCAUCGAGUCUGGAUAAAAACUGCUAUAGCAGACCUUGCGAUGUAUCUGAAUCUUGCAUUCCUGGAACAUUAUUGGCAGGAUCAUCGGAAUGCUCAUAUAAUUGUUUGCAAUUUAAACGUGACGUAUGCCCACUUCCGCCCUGGGGUGUUACCAAUGGAAGAACUGUUGGGUCACAGAAUACUUACACGUGCGAGAAGGGUACAGUUGGUGGAGGAACUGCUACGUGCUUGCCUUCUAAACAAUGGGACAAGGAUAUCACACCAACGUGCACGGAUAUCCAUGAACAUCCGUGCGAUGAUAGCUAUAACCCAUGUCCGCUUAUCAAGGGGAGAUGUUCUACAGAUGGUCGGUGUGAAUGUGGCCCCAACAAAAGUUACAACACUUCGAUAAAAGAAUGUUUUCUUGAUUGUGGCGCUCCCCCAGAUGUAUCAAACGCACAGUUGCUGGGCAACGAAAACACAAGAACUUACCAGUGUGACCCAGAUCACUUCCCUACAGCUUCAUCUAACGCCACACUGACGUGUACAGAGGCAGGAUGGGUACCAGCCAAUAACUUUUCUUGCUUUACUUGUGGUGAGCCGAACGAAGUUUUCGGAGCUUCUGUGACUGGAUCCGGACAAGUACGGCAGUAUGUCUGCAAUACUAAUGAUGCUCCACAUCUAUAUCCCGUACCUGGUACGGGCGACGGUACUAUAACUUGUGAUGAAAAUGCUUUAACAUGGACACCCGGAGGAUUUAAGUGCGGAGGAUUAAGAUUGAAACCAAAUCAUCCAAAAAUGCAAGACAUUCCGCACUGUGGUUACCUGGAGUUUUUCCACAAUAAUGAGUGGAGGGCUGUUACACAUGAAGAUUGGGAUUGGAGAGCAACUAAAGUUGCGUGCAAUUCUUUGGGCUUUAAAUUUGGAGGCACAUUUCACAAGGACUGGUUUGAUGACGAAAACCAACAACGACUUACUAAAGCCUAUAAACUAGACAAUAUAGCCUGUACUGGAAAUGAAGCUAGCCUCGAACUAUGUCCAAAUAUUAAUCCGAAGGAUGGUAACAUGGAUAAAGAGAUUGCUUUGACUUGCUUUGAUUACGAUAUCACAGUGCCUGGCAAUGUUGAACUUGAUUCUGGGCCUGACAGAGGCGGAAUCCUAGUGCACAUUGCCACUGGAAGUGGCUUGACUACAACAUAUGGUAAUGUGUGCGGGGAGGGCUGGAGCGAUAGAGAAACAAAAGUCGUAUGCAGAACAAUGGACCCAAUUUGGCAACGUUACGGUGAGUGUAAAGAUAACUGCGGUGUAACUCCAAAACAACCUUAUCAAACUAACUACAUCGACUGUGAUGGAGACGAGCCACAUCUGUUUUAUUGUGAAAACAGGGGUUGGGGUUACACUACAGACUGUGACGCUAGUAAGCUUGUAAAGGUAGAAUGUGAACCCAAAAGCUAGAUGUUAGGUUUAUAGUUUUAUAUUAUAUAUUAUCUGCCUUCAUCGCGACAACUGUUGUCUUUUUGGCGUCACUACGAAAAAUGUCAGGAUUUGGCAUCAAUAUGGCAACUGACGUGUUGGUUUGGCAUCACUACGGCAACUGUCAGUACGAUAACUGUCGUGUUUGUUUGGCAACACUACGAUAACUGUUAGAUUUUGGCAACACUACGAUAACUGUCAGGUUUUGGAAUCACUAUGGCAACUGUCAUGUUUCGGCAUCACUACGGCAACUGUCUGGUUUUGGCAACACUACGAUAACUGUUAGAUUUUGGCAACACUACGAUAACUGUCAGGUUUUGGAAUCACUAUGGCAACUGUCAUGUUUCGGCAUCACUACGGCAACUGUCUUGUUUCGGCAUCACUACGAUAACUGUCAUGUUUCGGCAUCACUACGAUAACUGUCAAUUUUCGUCAUCACUACGGCAACUUUCAUGUUUCGGCAUCACUACGGCAACUGUCUGGUUUUGGCAACACUACGAUAACUGUCAAACUUUGGAAUCACUAUGGCAGCUGUCAUGUUUUGUCAUCACUACGGCAACUUUAAAAACGUUACGACAGAACGACUGCACAUUGCUUUCAUUAACAACUGCUACCAUUAUUUCACCGAGACGGAUGUCAGAUAUACAAAUGUACAUUGUUAUUGCCUUUUUUCAUAUAUUUUUGUGUGAAUCAAUGUCUUUUGUCCUUUUAUGUUAUUGAAGAAAUUCCUUAAUUUAUGCCCUUUAAGUUUGUUCAGUUGAAAAUACGAUAAUCUUUAACUGAUGGUACGUUAUGAAUCAUUCCAAUCACGAAAAUUUAUUAACGUUAUAAAUAUGUAUUUAUAAGUCUAUCAAUUAUAAAGGAAGAAAUUCUUUAGGCAUUUUUUUCGAUUUUCCAUACACAUAUUACAGGGUUUGACAAAUUGAAAAUUUUACUACUGUGAUGUUCUCGUGGACUGAAUCACUUUCAUUGUAAUCCUCGACCAUUGGGCUCGCAAGAAACGGUAUAAGGGACGCCAAUAUUCUCAUUCAUGGAGAUGUUAGAUUGAAUGCAAAUGUUUUAAUCAGAACAUGAAACAAAUAAAUUAAGAUGUAAAGAAAAAAAAAUAUUUGAGCAUAUUUUAGUUUAUAUACAAAACAAUGCCACUGAUUUUGUGUAUUCACUAUUUAAAAGAUCAUGUAACACAAUUGUUUAUGGUUUUAUUUCAUAAGUAUGAUGCUCAAAUUAAGAUUUGCCAAUAUUGUAAGUUCCAAUAAGCAUUAUUUAUCAAGAUAUUACCGAAUUUAACAUUUUAUAUAAAUAAAGGGAGGUAAUUCUAUAAAUUCUAAGUCAAAUUUUCCAAUAAGAAAUGAAUGCACAUAUUUUAAUGUUUAUAUAUACAAAUAUUUGCAGUACAUAUUUUAUAUAUUCUCCGAUGUUUGAAACUUGUUUUAUUUGCAUAAUUAUAUACAUAUAUAAUUGUAAUAGUGGUAUACACACAGGGCCUCCGUGGCCGAGUGGUUAAGGCUGAGUUGAGAUCACAGGUCCCUCACUCCUUUAGGAUCGAUCCUCACUCGGACCGAAUAUAUCAUGUGAGGAAGCCAUCCAGCUGACUUACGGAAGGUCGGUGGUUCUACCCAGGUGCCCGCUCGUGCCUGAGGGUACCUGGGGUCUUCCUCCACUAAAAAAAGCUGGGAAAAAAUCUCGGCAAGACGCUAUAGGAUGGCCCGACUUGAGUGUACGGUAGCCCAUAUGGGCUUUCCGGCGGCGACCUUAAAUAAACGCAUAAAUAAAGUAUACACACAGGUACAAUAUCAAUCGCAAAACAUACAGGAUCUUUAAUUAAUAUCUGGUGAAUAAUUUAUCAUGGAUCAUAUAUAUUUUAAUAGACAAAUAUCAGAUAUGUAUCAUAUUCUUAAAAUGUAUAAAGAACAAUAGCCAGGUAAUAAAUGCAAGUUUCCAAAAUAUGUAAAUAGUAUACAUACUUUCGGUGUUUUCAAUUUACACAAUCGUUUUAGCUAACUCUGUCUUGAUAAGUGUUGUGAAAAAAGUAAUAAAACUUAUUUAGAAGUG